ACGAAUUGUUUACAUCUACAAUUCUUGUACGAUAGUCAAUCUUCCAUUUCGUGCCGAUUUCGAUUCAUGUUGGCUUGCAUUCGCUCCGCCAAAUGCAUUUAAAAUCGCCUGUUUUUCAUGAGAACUGUUAGCCUAUGCUGUAAACAAAUAUCUUGGAGAAGACAGUGCGAAACCCCGAAACUGCGACGCUUCGAUAGGAUUUUCUUUUAUUUUUGUUGGCCAUUUUGAAAGCAUUUGUAUAUACAGCCGCUGGUUAUUGUUUAUAAGCGAGUGAGGGCUCCAAAAGAGGGGAAAACCCAUAAAAAUACCCCGCUAAAUUCAAAUUAAAAACCCGCCAAGUUCAUAAUAUUUGGAUGUACUUUUGUACUUGUGAACUUAGAAACUGUUGCGUUCAAUUUGUUGAAGUGUUAUAAAUAAAGAAAUAAUUCCCACAUUGUUUAACUAGUGUAAAAUUGGCUCUGAAGUUCGCUUAAGAUGUCUGAUAUACCUGUAAUAAAUUCCGUAUUAAAAUGGAAAUUAGGCAUCCAAGCUCCAUCAUUAGCAUAUGCAGCAAGAGCAAAUUCAAGGCAGGUCAUCUGUGCUGUAGAUAUUCCUUAUCAACUCAUAAAAUUAUGGCAGGAAUAUAUGGUGGCAAAGAAAGUAAAGGCCCAAGCAAAUGAAGCAGGUACAAAUGGCAAUGAAGAAGGCUGUCCAAGCCAUGAUUACAGUUUGGAUUAUGUUGAUUUAUUUGAACUUUCCAUCCCUGGAAAUGCAUUUGCUAUCACUAAUGAUCCAACUACACGAAAUGAAGUCAAUGAAUCAUUGAGAAUUAUUACUGCAGCAGUGAAAUCUACCUACAGCAAAGCCAAAGGAGGGAGAAAAAAAAUGGAGCUCGACUCAAAAGUAAGGCGAUUCCAUAUAUUGGAGGGAAUGACAACUUCUGUUAAAGAUUUGCAAAGAGAAAACGAAAUCAUUAUUGAUGAAUUAAAGAAGUGGAAAGAAGAAUACAAUAACCUCAAGGAAGAAAAAGAAAAACUCUAUAGUGAAAUGUUAAUUACUCUGAAAGAGAAAGAUGAGGAGAUAAUUAAACUGUAUAAGACAAACAAAGAACUUGAAAAUUAUAUUGACUGCCUUGAGAAAAAGCAGAGUUUUCAAAACCAAGGCAAAGAUGUCUCCCAAGUUGCAAAAAAAUCAAGGACACUAAAUACUUUCAUGUCGCGGGCUAAAAUUGCAUUGUGGUUUAUGAAGUCUUUUGGCCUGGAGUUAAAGGAGCUAACAGUCAUUGAACAGAAGACAGGGAAAACACAUCCCCUUCAUGUUGAUGACUGCAAGAAAUUUGAUAGUUUAUCCAAUGAGGACAAUGAAAAAAUUGAGCAAGUUUUAUUCCUACUUGACAAAUUUUGUGUUGGAGAUUCUUUUUACCAUGAGUUAAGUAUGAUUACUGAUGGUCUUCCAAAGUCAUACUUGGUAAAGCAAAGGAGAAGCCAACUGAAUGACAUUAGUAAUGUGAUCCCAACCACUGGUAAAGCAGAUGGUGCUCAAAUGUCAUUUACAGACAUGCUAAAAACCAGGAUUGGAGAGUUUGUCAAAGUACAUAAUGAAGUAGACUGGAGUAAAGAAAAAAUUCAAGUUAAGAUUUCAGGAGAUGGAGCCAAAAUGACAAGGAACUCAAGUUUUAUAUUGCUUUCCUUUUCAUUACUUCAAAGCAGAAAGGAUGUAAUGUCUGCAAGUGGGAACCAUACAUUUGCUGUAAUAAAAGGAUCUGAAAACUAUGAAACUUUAAAAGACUCCUUUGGAACCAUUUUUCAAACAAUCAAUAACUUAAUUGAGGUGAGUGAAAUUGAAAUAAACAGUUCUAAAUUUGGCCUCGAAUUUUUUCUGGGUGGAGAUUAUAAAUUUCUCCUAAUAGUGUUGGGCAUGAAAUCAGCAACCUCCAACUUUGCAUGCCUUUGGUGCAAGGUACACAAAGAAAACAGAUGGCAGAUGGAUAAGGAUUUAGACUAUUAUAACUCUGCUCCACUCAAACGUACAUUGGAAGAAGUAAUCACAAUGGCAAAUAAAAAGGGGGCAAAAGACAAGUUCUCUUGUGACAAUGAGCCCCUAAUUAAGAUUGAUUUGGAUCAUGUUGUUUUGGACGAACUCCAUCUAUUACUGAGGGUAAUGGAUGUCCUGUUAAACAAUAUUAUACAGGAAACUAUUGCCUGGGACAAAAAAACAAAUUUUAACAAAAAAAAGUGUGAAAGAGAUAUGGCACACCUCAAAAAAUUGCAAUCAACCAUUAGGUCCUGUGGGGUCAGUUUUGACAUAUGGGAGAAAAAAACUGAAGAUGGAAAAGGAUCAGGGCAAUAUGAUUUCACUAGUCUUCUUGGUUCAGACAAGAAAAAACUGUUAGCUGAACUUCCUGACAAGCUAGUAGAUUGCCUAAUGCCUGAGACAUGUGAUGUAGUAACUGAAAUAUGGAAAAAAUUUCAUGAACUUUACAAGAUAAUAACAACAGACAAAACAAGUACUGAUAGCCCUGGUAAUUAUUUUCAAAUGGCAAGAGAAUGGAUAAAUCUUUUUACAUCAUUGAGGACAACGUCAAUACACAGUGGAUAUAAGAGAGCAGCAGUGACCCCUUAUAUGCAUUCACUUGUAUACCAUGUACCCAGGUUUAUGCAGUUGUAUCAAUCAGUUAAAAUCUUCACUGGACAGGGGGUAGAAAAAAAUAAUGAUGUGGCUAGGAGUGUGGUUCUGUGCAAAUCCAACAAGAAGAAUCCUGCAUCAGAUGUUCUUCAAUUAGAAUUCAGGCAGUGGGAACUACGUGACAGUGAACGGGCAAAGAGGCCAUACCGCAAAAGCAAUACAGAUUACUGGGAAACCGAAAUUAAGAACAAAAGAAGAAAGGACACCUGACUGCUACUUCAUGUUUAUGUCCUAAUA